UGACACGGUUGUAGCGCUCAGGGUGGGCCUCGCGGGCCGUCGCUCCGCGUGCAGGGCGCCGCAGGGAGUCGGCCAGGGCCUCAGGCUGACAACGCAGCGGACUGAAGGAGUCCUCGACUGCCUCAGGUAACCAUGUGUGACCGAAAGGCCGUGAUCAAAAAUGCCGAUAUGUCGGAGGAGAUGCAACAGGACUCGGUGGAGUGUGCUACUCAGGCAUUGGAGAAGUAUAAUAUAGAGAAGGACAUUGCGGCCCAUAUCAAGAAGGAGUUUGACAAGAAGUACAACCCCACCUGGCACUGCAUCGUGGGGAGAAACUUCGGUAGUUAUGUGACACAUGAAACCAAACACUUCAUCUACUUCUACCUGGGCCAAGUGGCCAUUCUCCUGUUCAAAUCUGGUUAAAAGCAUGGACUGUGCCACACACCCAGUGAUCCAUCCAAAAACAAGGACUGCAGCCUAAAUUCCAAAUACCAGAGACUGAAAUCUUCAGCCUUGCCUAAGGGAACACCUCGAUCUUUAUUGUGUUGUUUUGUACAGGGCAUUCUCUGUACUAGUUUGUUGUGGUUAUAAAGCAAUUAGCAAAACA